CGUUUCAGUUCGUGUUGAACCAGCAGCGUCGUCGGUCGUGUUUUCUUGCUUCCGUGGUGUGGUGUGUCGGUUCGUCACCGACGACCAUCUACACACCGUCCGUCUGUCCCCGUGUAUCGGCUCUCGAGCGAGCGCGUGUCGUGUCACACUACUGUGGCAGCGAUUUGACGUGUUUUUUUUUCUCUUUGCUGUUUCGAUGCAGCACAGUGCUUUAAAACUGGAUUCAUAUCCACCGACGCACGACCAGGUGCUUUUAAUUAAUUGAUGCAACUUUAUGGACAUCCGAUGCAACCGUUGAGCGAAAGUGCGCGGGUGUUGUGGGGGUCGACCCCCUGAAGUGAGUGAAUUUAAGGAAAUUUACGAUUCUCCACCGUAAGUUGGGAAGAAACCGAAGAGCAGCACAAAUCCAGGUUAAACUUGCGCUGGAAAAAGGUAGGCGCUGUGACCGCAUGCCGCCCUUGACGAUGUGUGAUGGAAUGGAAGAAGACCGAAAAAAUGCCUUUAAAGUGCGCUGAAAUGUACGAAUAUGUAUUAAAAAAGAUGAAUGAAUAAUAACAAUAGGCUGAAGACGAAGCAAAAGUAGCAGGCGCAGUGUAAAAAGCACAGAAGAAAAAAAGAAGUUUGAUCAAAACUAACAUCCUGUCCACUCACGUUGUGCACUCCGUGAGUGCUCGGCACUCGUUGUGCAACAACACUCUGUUCCCUGUGGGCUAGUGUGUAUACGUUGGGGCCAGUGAGAACAGCUUGGGUGUGUUAGUGUUGUUUGAAAAUUUCUGAAUUAAAGUGUACUGGAACGCGUGCGGCGAAGACGUGAAAGAAACCUACCGAGAUUUUUUUAUGAAUAAACUCUGGUGAGUGACCCGUCGGUGUGGUGUGAGUGUGUAGCAAUCGGUUGCUUCAACGUAGCGAAAGGUGCACAGUUUCCGUACGAAUACAGUGUCGAGUGGCAGUCAUUCGGCAGCAGCAGCAGCAGAGCUGUUUUGUGUAUACACAUUCGCAGUGCUAGUUAUGGAUUCAAUAUGGCUGACGACACACGCAAAGUCCGUGUUGAGGAACAAUUAAAGAUAAAAAUAGGCGAAGCGAAAAACCUCAUCGGUCGCAAUGGCAACAACUGCGGCGGCUCCUCCUCAUCGGGCUCGAAGGAAAACCGGGACGUGUACUGCACGAUCGCCCUGGACCAGGAGGAAAUCUGCCGGACGCCGACGAUCGAACGGACACUCAGUCCGUUCUUCGGCGAGGAGUACCAGUUCGAGAUCCCGCGGCACUUCCGGUACCUGUCGGUGUACGUGUGGGACCGGGACCGGCACCUGAAGCAGGACAAACCCUACGGCAAAAUAGCGAUCAAACGGGAGGACCUGCACCAGUACAACCACAAAGACCACUGGUUCCCGCUGAGGCCGGUCGAUGAGGACUCGGAAGUACAAGGCAUGGCCCACCUGGAGAUCAGCGUGGACGAUGGUGUCGGGAACCUGAAGCAGAGCAAUGAGUUUGACGAUUGCGGGAGUCACCAUAACUUCCAGUCGUCGAACAAUAGCACUUCCUCGUUCGGCAGCGUGAUCAGCAGUAGCGGAAGUAGUGAUACGAAAGAGAAUUCCAGCUCCUCCCACCUCAACCAUCAGCACCAUCCCCACCUGCAUCUCAGUCAUCAUCAUCAUCAACAACAACAGCUACAUCAUCCAAUCAUGGUGAACAAUUCUGUGCAUAGUACAAAUUUUAAGUUAAGUUUUCCAUCCAAAAGUGGCCACGGGACGCUCAAAACCAUUUUCGGCGGCAGCAGCGAUUUUGGCAAUAACGUGCAGCAGCAGCAACCAUUCCGGAACAUUCUCGACACCAGCAGUAGCAGCUCCAGCCGAAGUUCGCGCAUCACCAUCAAGCUGACCGAGUGUAUGAACUUGGCGCGCAAAAAUGGCCUCUGUGAUCCGUUCGCAAUCAUAACUGCUCACUAUUCGAAUAGGAAGAAAAUGUCCCACCGUACUAAGGUGAGAAAGAAGACGGUCAAUCCGGAGUUUAGUGAAAUAGUUUGUUUCGAUCUGUGCGUGGACGUUUGCGGGAGUGACUCGAGAAGUGAUAGUAACAAUACUUAUACGGUGGCGCCCCUGGGGGGUGCCGAUCUGUGUGAGAUCGUGAUAGCUUUUAUGCACAAAGGGGGCAUGGGGGAUGAUGUGUUUCUCGGUGAAAUCAAGCUUCCCGUUCGCGGGAAGCAGCAACUGAACGCGGUGCAGCAAAGUGCGUGGUACUAUCUACAACCCCGGACAAGCCAUUCGCGGCCGACGCGAACCUGUGCGACUCCCCCGGGAACCCGGCUCUCUUGUGAUAACUCGCUUGGAUCGCUCCGGCUCAAGCUCAACUAUACCGCCGAUCACGUGUUUCCCUUAGCCACCUACGACCAGCUCAUGAACAUCCUCAUCCAAUCCAUCGACCAGAAACCCAUCACAGCCAGUGCCGUCCACAUCCUCGGUGAAAUCAUCCAGAACAAAACCGAAGUCGCUCAACCGUUGGUCCGACUGUUCACCCACACCAACAAGAUCGCUCGCAUUAUCAAGGCCCUGGCGGAUCACGAAAUCUCCAAGCUCACCGAUCCGACCACCAUCUUCCGGGGUAACACCCUGGUCUCCAAGAUGAUGGACGAAGCGAUGCGCCUGUCCGGACUGCACUACCUGCACAACACCCUCCGGCCCAUUGUGGAGGAGAUCUUCGCCGACAAAAAACCGUGCGAGAUCGAUCCGGCCCGGGUCAAGGACAAAGGCCAGAUCGACACCAAUCUGGUGAACCUGCAGGAGUACGUGGAAAAAGUGUUCGAGGCAAUCACCCGGAGUGCGGUCAGGUGCCCCGCGGUGCUGUGCCAGAUCUUUCACGAUUUAAGGGAGUGUGCGGCCAAGUACUUCCCGCAGAACAAGGAAGUCCGGUACUCGGUCGUGUCCGGGUUUAUUUUCUUGCGGUUUUUUGCGCCGGCGAUUCUGGGCCCAAAGCUGUUCGACCUGACGACUGAACCAGUGGACGAACAAACCACCCGUACUCUAACGUUGAUCUCGAAAACGAUCCAAUCUCUGGGGAAUCUGGUCAGUUCCCGAUCGGCGCAGCAGCCCUGCAAGGAGCAGUACACCGGCCAGCUGUACAAAAAGUUCUGCACCGAGAAGCACGUCGACGCGAUCAAACACUUCCUGGAGGUCAUUUCGACCGUGGGUGCCAACAUUUGCGACGAUGACUCGACGACGGUGCUGGAGCCGGUUGUGCUCAAAGAGGGGAUGAUGACCAAACGGGCCCAAGGUCGGAAGCGCUUUGGCCGGCGGAACUUCAAGCAGCGCUACUUUCGGCUCACAACGCAAUCGCUCAGCUACGCCAAGGCAAAGGGAAAGCAACCGCUCUGUGAUAUACCGCUGGCGGAGAUUCUGGCCGUGGAGCGGCUCAACGAGCGAAGCUUCAAGAUGCAGAACAUCUUCCAGAUCGUUCGCAAGGAACGGCCACUCUACGUUCAAACAGCCAACUGCGUCGAGGAGAAGGAAUGGGUCGACCUGCUGAGCAAGAUCUGCCAGAGCAACAAAGCCCGGCUGGAGCACUUUCAUCCCUGUGCCUACAUCAACGGCAUGUGGACCUGCUGUUCGGUAAAUGACCAGUACGCAGCGGGCUGCACUGCCGUUUCCCCUUCACCAUUCCAGAUGGAGCUAGCGACGGCUCUCGAUCCAGCCCGGGACCUCCAGCGGCUCCAUUCCCUCAUCAUGGCCAACUUCCACGGGCUGGAGGAGCUGGAUUCGACGCUGACGGCGGCCUGCGAAGAUCCGGCGGCCGCUCGAAAGACCAUCAAGAAGCUGAACGAGAUUGCCAACUCGCUGGAGCGGAUCCAUCGCAAGUACAAGACCAUGCUGGCGCGGGAGAUGCGCUACGGCAGCCGGCAGGCCCCCAUAGGUGACGACAACUAUCUGCACACGUCCCGCAUGAUGGCGGCGGCUGCGGCCAGUGGUGGUGGCGGAGGCGGGGGCGGCCUAGCGGCUACGGCAGCAGCCGCUGUGGCCGCCUCUUCCAUGAUGCUGCCAGCAUCGCAGCACUUUGACAAGUCACCGGGUCUGUUCCACCGGAACCAUCCGCUACGGAGUUCCGACAAUGAACGAUUCUCUCAGUGUUAAGUUUUACUGUUCACCCCCUUUGCCCCUUUUUAUGUACGUUUCGCUGUAUCUAGUAGGAAAAGUUAAUUUAUUUUUGUUUUAUGGAUGCCCUUCUCGUAUAUUUAACGACAUUUUAAGUUUAGGAAAUUGGACCUUGGCGAUCGUGCAAAAUCUUCACAGCCCCCUCCAUUGUGUUUGUAAGCUUUAACACCAACGAUAAUUUUAGAUGAAACAAAAAUCCAGAAAAUACGUGUAAAGCAACCGGAAAUAUUUAAGAGCGUUACGCACAUUUAAUUUUCUGAUCGAGCGUAUGCAGACAAAGUUUAUUGUACAGUGGAUACACAUAUAUUAAUCCCCGACAAAGCAAGGCACACCAAUAUCACAGCGCACUUCAGAGUUAAGUAUAUUAUUUCCGCACUAUCAUUAACACGUCGGCACCAUUUCAUUGCGAUUAAAACACACAAACACACCCAUGCACAUAUGAAAAUAUACAUACCACCUGCAAAGGAAUUCGGCAAGUUGGACAAACUGAUGUUUGGUUCAUGUAUCAUACCGGCGGCAAAGAUUGCAUAUUGAGAGCAUUUGAGAUUGCAAGAUUCAUACUGAUGAACGAUGUUCUUGUUUGACUAAAAUGAACACGUUCUAUUUUAUUACUUUUCAUGACUUCAGAGGACCAAUGGACGUGUUCAUUCGUUUGGCCUAGCAAUGUUGUGUUAUCUAGCUACCCAAGAGCCUAUGCACGUUUUCACUCGUUUAACUUUUGAGCCGGGCCAUGUUAUCUAAGUUGCCAUGGAUACGGGUUCAUUUUCUGUAAACUCGGCUCCACUCAAAUGAAAAUGACCUAGAUCUACUGUAAUAAUUCACGGACUGAGUGCAUUCUGUUCACUGGUUUAUAAGUCCAACCGAAUUCACUCGGUCCGAGAGUUUUGUCUCAAGAGCAGGGGCAUUUCCAGUCAGAGUCUUCCGUUGUUCACUAGUUCAUUUAUUUAACGUUUGAGCGACUCCGCUCAUAAAUCAAACGUAUGAACUCGUCCAUACAAAGGUCUACAUAAAAUUGUUCAUUUCAAUAUGAAUGGAAGUCGUGUCCUAGUGUAAAUCUCAUGGUAAAUCUGGAUAAAUUUUUAAAAAAGAAGGAAAAGCUCAACACGUUUUCAACGCAAAAUUCGUCAAAAAUGCAACUCAAUUCUCUCGAUAUGCAACUCCCAACGCCACCAAUUGCGCAAUCUCAAAUAACAAUUCAAUUCAAGAAAAGUUUAGAAUGAAGAAAAUCCUUAAUGAAAAGUGUUUCCAUUGCACUGCUCUGCAUGGUACCUGCAUCCCCAUGUCUCUCUUUCAGUCGUCAACAAAAAAAAACACUGGAAACCCACGUAAUGGUCAUGGAUUCACUUUGAUUUGAGGAUGAUGUUAGAAUUCAUCGGUGACCCGGGUGGUUCAAUAUUUGAGCCACGGGGCCGAGCGAGAGCUUUGACUAACUAACCUAUAAUGAUGUGGAAGCAAAAGUAUGAUUUAUGUUCGUUUAUAGGGCUAAGUUGCUACACUUACUAUUACCGUGAACACAAAUUAAACUUAAAAGAUGCGGAAUAUUAGUUUGACGAUGGGAAGGAGAUUGCUGCUGAAUAUCUAAUAUCUCUAGUUUUCUUUUUGCUGAAAAUCCAUUUAUAAAUAAAACGAAAUCAGAUGCAAACAAUCUA